CUACUCAGCUGCAUAGUGGAGUUUGAUAGGCUGGUGGAGAGGGGGAACUGCAGCAGAGUAGCACCGCUGUCAGGAAACAGAAGCCCACUACGAAUGCAACUCGCAUGAACCAGCUGAACGAGGACGGUUUACCUGGUAAUAAGCCUUUCUUUUGCUGCUUUUCUCUUCUGAUCAUACACUGAAGCAACUUACAAGGGAUGCACGAUUCCCGCGUGAUUUACCAUGACAACUGAAUCAGGCACCGACUCGGAGGCCAAGCAGCCACAGGAGAACAAGGAAACUGGGAAAGCUAAAGCAGCAGCCGAACCCACCUCACCUCAGAACCAGCCAGAGCAGCUUCCCGCAGCCGCUGGACACAGCACCCCGGCCAGGACAGAACAGGAGCGGCAGGAGGAGGACCAGGUGUCCCACAGGUCAUCCACAAGUCGUCUGUCCAGGUCUCCGUUGCGAGGAGUGAAGAAGGUGAAGAUCAUGCAGUGUAAAGUCACCCUGCUGGAUGGCUCCGACUUUACACUCAAUGUGGAGAAACGAGCCAAAGGCCAAGUGCUCUUUGAUAAAAUAUGUGACCACCUCAAUCUACUGGAGAGGGAUUACUUUGGCAUCACAUGCAGAGAUGUAGAGAAUCAGAAGAAUUGGCUAGACCCUUCCAAGGAGCUAAAGAAGCAGAUCAGGACUGGUCCCUGGAACUUUGCUUUCAACGUCAAGUUUUACCCUCCAGACCCCUCCCAGCUGACUGAGGAUAUCACAAGGUACUAUCUGUGUCUGCAGCUGAGGGAUGACGUGGUUUCGGGCCGCCUGCCCUGCUCCUUUGCCACCCACACGGUGCUGGGCUCCUACACGGUGCAGUCUGAACUGGGAGACUAUGACCCCGAGGAUUUAGGCAGCGACUACAUCAGCGAACUGCGCUUCGCACCCAAUCAAACCAAAGAGCUAGAGGAGAAGGUCAUGGAACUUCACAAGACCUACAAGGGAAUGACACCAGCCGAAGCAGAGAUGCACUUCCUGGAAAAUGCCAAGAAGCUGUCAAUGUAUGGCGUAGACCUCCACCACGCUAAGUUGGUAGGGAGUCUCUAUGAAUGCUUGGCUCCAGCUGAGGGAGAGGACUCUGAGGGCGUGGAGAUCAUGUUGGGAGUUUGUUCAAGUGGCCUGCUCAUCUACAGAGACAGGUUGCGGAUCAACAGGUUUGCUUGGCCCAAAAUCCUUAAAAUCUCCUACAAAAGGAAUAACUUCUACAUCAAAAUCCGGCCCGGCGAGUUUGAGCAGUUUGAAAGCACAAUUGGUUUCAAGCUUCCAAAUCAUCGCGCUGCCAAACGGCUCUGGAAGGUCUGUGUUGAGCACCAUACCUUCUUCAGGCUUGUAUCCCCCGAUGCACCCCCGAAGAAGUUCCUGAGCCUCGGCUCCAAGUUUCGCUACAGCGGCAGAACGCAGGCUCAGACCCGCAGGGCCAGCUCUCAGAUCAUCAGACCUGCUCCGCUCUUUGAGCGCUCCUCCAGCAAACGCUACAAUAUGUCCCGCAGCUUAGAUGGAGCACCAAUUAUGGAGAACCAUGAGACUCUCAUGAAGGACAGUGGCACUGACGGGGCGGCCAAAGUCAUCGCAAAGGGAGACAUCAUCACCACGGUAACGACAGAGAAGAAGGCAGAGGAAGAAAAGGCGGAGCAGGAAGAUGCUCAGAUGGAUGCUGGAGAGACACCAGAACCCAUGGCCACCACACCGCUCAGACAAGACGCAAAGUGCUCCCCUCAUGUAUACACAACCGACCCCCUCCGCUCUGAGCUCUCACUCCCCUCAUCUCCUGUGUCAUCAACUAAAGUACGGCGGAGGCGCAGGGAGAAUGCGCGUAAACGGGCCUCGUCAGUCAGUCCAGCCAAGAGCAGCGCUGGGUGCCGCCGCCGGCAAGCCCUUGCCGACCGCAAAGCCGCCCUGCUGGACGAGCAGGUGCUGCUGCUCUCGGCCCGCAAGCAAAGGCUGGAGCAGGGCAAGAGCCGCGGCGGCACACUCUUCUCCUUCUCCCUGCACCUGCCCGACCUGUCCGCCUACCUGGACGAGGACGGCUACAUCACCUUCCCCGAUCUGUCAGAGAUGCGCUUCCUCCCUCUGUGCGCGCAGAACUUCCUGCCCAUUAAGUCACCUUCACUCAUCCCCUGCUUCCUCUUCAUCUUCUUCUUCCUGCUCUCCACCUCCUUCUCCGUCCCCUACGCCCUCACCCUCUCCUUCCCCCUGGCGCUGUGCCUCUGCUACCUGGAGCCCAAGGCAGCCUCCCUGACCGCCUCCUUAGCCCAGGGCUACCAUGACCAUGACAGUUCAGAGGAAGAGGAGACUGACAGCGAACAAACAGACUUUGCCUUUGACGGAGAGAUGACCGCCACCGAGUCGGACGCAGAUGAGGACUCUGAGAUGCGGACUCAGUAUAGUUUCAAAAGACGAGUAAAAGGGGAAAACGUUUUUAUCAAGCAUAGUAAUCUGAUGCUAGAGGACACCUCGCCUCCGGAAGAGAUGGUCAAGCACCAGACCAACAUCAGCGAACUGAAGCGCUCCUUCCUGGAGACAGGCGACAGCGCGCCGGGCCUGACCGAAUGGGAGAAGAGACUGUCCUCGUCCCCUGCGCACUCACCCAGAGCAGACGAAGCACCAAUGAUAGUGCCGCUGGAGCCGCAGGAUACUCAAGAUGAGCAGCCUGCAGGAGAAGGGACUAAAGAGGAGGUGGAACCUAAAGCCACGGAGGCGGCAGGAUAUCUGGUCAAAUAUGUGGUGGAUAGUAUUGCAACAGAUUUGGCCACCUCCUCGGGGCCACACGGGAUUAGUCUGUCAACCACAAUGGACGACGACGUCUUCAUGGACGGGACCCUCAGGGAGGUGGACGAGAAAACCCCCGACUCCCAAGAGGAGGUGUCGGAGAGGGCAGAGAUGAAGGUCAGCCCCGGAGCUGUCAGACAGGAAGUGUCCCAGGCCAUCAGUGACAAGAAAGGGACGCUCAUUAUCUUGAAGGAGGCGGAGGAUCAAGUAGACACCGAGGGCAAAGAGACAAGUGCUGCGGAUGAAGAAGAGGCGCCUGUUGUCCCUGGAGAGGCCGAAGCUGGGGAGAAUGAAAUGCUGUCCUCUAAAGAGAGAGAAUAUAUCAAAGAAGACACAUCUGUUGUUUUAGAAGCCAAAACCACAGUAGUCAAGACACAGAGUCCAACGAUGGAGAUAAAAACUGAUGACAUGACUCAGAUUAAAGGUUCUGGCUCGCCUAAAAAGGCCAUGGCAUCGUGGAUAUCUGAGGAGGUGAAGACCGGCGCUUCAGAAGUCAUCGGUGUGUCGAGAAAGCAAGUAAAAGAGAUGAAGACUUUUGAUGCCAUGCAGCAGAAAGCAGAAAUCUUCACCUUCGUCGAAGAGGUCCAAACGGAGAAGUCAAAGUCCAGCCUGACUCAGAUUACAGUUUCUGAAUCUUCAUCUGCAUCCUUAUCAGUGUCUACGCUGGGAUGGGUUUCCUCCUCUGAAAAGGCAUCAGCUGAACCGGAGGAGAAGGCGGUUGUUGCCACGGAGACAGAGGCAGCACCAGUGGAGUCGACAGGGCCAACGAGUCUUGACGCGAUGGAGGUGGGAGCCAAAGAGGUGCCUGUAGUCCACACAGAGACAAAAACGAUCACUUAUGAGUCUGCAGAGGUUGACACUAAUGGAGACGUAGACCCCGGGGUGUUGCUGAGUGCUCAGACCAUCACCUCGGAAACCUCCAGCACCACGACAACCACACACAUCACAAAGACGGUCAAAGGAGGAAUAUCAGAGACGAGAAUUGAGAAAAGGAUCGUCAUCACAGGAGAUACAGACAUCGACCAUGAUCAGGCUCUGGCUCAGGCCAUAAAGGAGGCUAAAGAACAGCAUCCUGACAUGUCAGUGACCAAAGUAGUGGUACAUAAAGAGACAGAGAUCACGCCAGAGGAUGGGGAGGACUGACCCAGGAGUAACACUGAGGGCUGUUUUCUGUUCAACCACCUAGAAUCCAACAUCCAGAACACCACAUAUUACUCCGGGACUCUCAGAAGUUUAGAAAGGCUCCUACUCUCCAAAUGCUGCAGCUAGUCGCAACCAUUACCUGCAAAAUAAAUAAAUGCAUCUUGCAUGAGAAGGACGCAAUGUUGCAUUAUCAAACAAAUGGCAAGAUUAUACUGAAAACUGUACGAUUUUAAAAAUGGUUCUCCAUCCACCUGCACGCCGAAUCCCUGUGUGCAGCAAGCAAACGGUUUGCUUUCACUGCCUUAUGACUUUGAUGCAUUUUUAUGAUUAUUGAGAAUAAUUAUUGUAGCAACGUUUUAUUUAUGAAACAAAGCCAUCACUCCAGAAACUUAAAUCGCUGUAGGCUGUAUAUGUUUAGGAAGCAUACACUAUUUAACCUUGCUGUAGAAGUGCCAACCUCAUUUGCAGCAUUGCCUCACUCACUCCAACAAGCCGAUGAAUUUCCGUCAGGUCUGCCACCACAGAAAUCACUACAGCGCAGUUCUGUACAAAUCAAAGCUUUCCUAGGAUAAUAGAAAUGUAUCUUUCACAGUUGAUUUUUGUCACGUCCACUCGAAUUGCAUUUCCCUUUUUUAUGAUCAUUUCAGUAUUUUAUAGUUUCCUCAUCAAUUGAUUCCACCCAGAAGGUCUGUUUUGGCAAAUGCCAAGGAAUCAAGAUUUCUGUGCAAGAAAUAGAUUUUUAUGUGCCUGUGUAGGCUUUGAAUGUUCCCCAGGGUAGAUGGUCGGCUGCAGCACAAGUCCCAGGUUUGUGCGACUGUGAUGCAAAGGGCUCAGACUGCCGAGCUCUGCCCAAUUUAGCCAAGAGAGAUCUGUCAAAACACCCCACCUUCCCACCCAAGACAUGUCAACUGUAUGCCUCCCUCAUCUGUUCAACUGUAUCUGAAUAACCGAGUAUUGUCCGUGUACAGCCAUGUUUUCCUCAAACUGGUGAAAUAAAAGUGGCAAAUGCA